UGAAGGUCCAUCACAAGCAUCCCAGAUGCUGCUUGUAUCCCAAGCUAUCGUCUCUGAACUUGUGCAAGCACAAGAGAAGGGUCAAUCUGUCAGUCUAAACGAUAUUAGAAUAAAGCAAUGCAAGAAGCACAAAAUAUCCGGUGUACCAAAACUCGUAGACAUUAUCGCUGCCAUACCUGACGAGCAUAAGAAGACACUUCUGCCAAUGUUGAAAGCCAGGCCAAUCAGAUCAGCUUCAGGUAUCGCCGUCGUAGCGCUCAUGUGCAAGCCACACAGAUGUCCUCAUAUCGCUAUGACCGGAAACGUUUGUGUCUAUUGUCCUGGUGGUCCAGACUCAGACUUCGAAUAUAGUACUCAAUCCUACACUGGUUAUGAGCCUACGAGUAUGAGAGCUAUUAGAGCUCGUUAUGACCCAUAUGAACAAUCCAGAGGUCGUGUUGAACAACUCAAAAUGCUUGGCCACAGCGUUGACAAAGUCGAAUAUAUCAUUAUGGGUGGUACCUUCAUGUCUAUGCCUGAAGACUACAGGAAUAAAUUCGUCGCACAGAUGCACAAUGCUCUCAGUGGUUACACAGGUACAGAUAUUGAUGAGGCCGUUUUAUACUCUGAGAGAGCAAACACUAAAUGUGUUGGUAUCACAAUCGAAACGAGACCUGACUAUUGUUUGAAACCGCACUUGAGUCAGAUGCUUAGAUAUGGUUGUACUCGUCUUGAGAUUGGUGUUCAAUCAGUUUAUGAGGAUGUCGCGAGGGACACCAACCGUGGACAUACAGUUCGUGCAGUAUCUGAAAGUUUCCAUUUGGCUAAGGAUGCUGGUUACAAAGUUGUCGCCCACAUGAUGCCUGAUCUUCCUAACGUCGGUGUUGAACGCGAUUUAGAACAAUUCAAGGAGUAUUUUGAAAACCCAGCUUUCCGUUCGGAUGGUCUGAAGAUUUAUCCAACACUCGUCAUUCGUGGUACUGGUUUGUACGAACUUUGGAGAACAGGAAAAUAUAAGAACUACACACCAAACGCAUUAGUUGAUAUAGUUGCACGUAUAUUAGCGCUCGUUCCACCUUGGACGAGAGUUUAUCGUGUUCAACGUGAUAUUCCAAUGCCACUCGUUUCAUCAGGUGUUGAAAAUGGUAACCUCCGUGAAAUGGCUUUAGCAAGAAUGAAGGAUUUCGGUACUGAGUGUCGUGAUGUCCGUUAUAGAGAGGUUGGUAUUCACGAGAUUCAUCAUAAAGUCAGACCAUCAGAGGUUGAAUUGAUAAGAAGAGAUUAUACCGCUAAUGGUGGUUGGGAGACAUUCCUUUCGUACGAAGACCCAGAGAAGGAUAUUCUCGUUGGUUUGUUGAGAUUGCGAAAGUGUUCAGAGGAGGGUACAUUUAGGAAGGAGUUGAUAGAUACUAAUGAAGAGACUGGAGAAACACGCUAUGCAUCCAUGGUUAGAGAAUUGCACGUAUAUGGUACAGCCAUCCCUGUUCAUGGUCGUGAUCCAACCAAAUUCCAACAUCAAGGUUUUGGUACACUCUUGAUGGAAGAAGCUGCGAGAAUUGCCAAGGAAGAGCACGGUAGCCAUCGAUUAGCCGUCAUUUCUGGUGUUGGAACCAGAGACUAUUACAGACGCUUAGGAUAUAAGCUCGAUGGUGUGUACAUGGUUAAAGAUAUUUAAAUUUUAUGUAUUUUGUUUGUUUUAGAAU